GCUGCCGAGUGCCUCAGCCCGGCUGCCCAGCAGCAGGCUGAAGCCAGACUCGCGGCGAAGCGAGCGGCGCGGGCGGAGGCGCGGGAGAUCCGGAUGAAAGAGCUGGAGAGGCAGCAGAAGGAGCCUUCUGAGUACAGCUGCUACCUUGGGUCGGGAUCUCGGGCAUCCUCCAGAGCCAGCUCUGCUCGGGCCAGUCCAGUGAUUGAGGAAAGGCCAGAAAAAGACUUUGAGAAGGGAGCACGAACUGUCUCAAGUUUAUCAGCAGCUACCUUGGCCUCCCUGGGAGGGACUUCUUCACGGAGAGGCAGUGGGGACACGUCCAUCUCAGCUGACACAGAGGCUUCCAUCAGGGAAAUCAAGGACUCUCUGGCUGAAGUUGAGGAGAAGUACAAGAAGGCUAUGGUGUCAAAUGCUCAGCUGGACAAUGAGAAAACCAAUUUCAUGUACCAAGUGGACACCCUGAAGGAUGCACUCUUAGAGUUAGAGGAGCAGCUGGCAGAAUCCAGGAGGCAAUAUGAAGAGAAAAGUAAAGAAUUUGAGAGGGAGAAGCAUGCUCAUAGCAUAUUGCAGUUUCAGUUCAUGGAAAUCAAAGAGGCUUUGAAGCAGAGAGAAGAAAUGCUUGCAAAACAUGGAAUAAUCCCAGACUCUGAUGUAGCCACCAACGGGGACACAUCAGACAUUCUGGAUAACGAAGGACACUUGGAUUCUCCCCGAACUGCCCCAGGCACCACUCAGGCAUUAAAGACAGGAGGGGAGGGGAUGCUAGGCAAAGCCAAUGAAGUGGAGAUGAAAAAUGAGAUUUUGGAGGAUGUGGGGAAAAGAGAAAUCUUGCAGAAUACUGAGCAUGAGGAACACAAAGAGGAGUCUGAGGAGGAAGUACAGACAUUGCAUGCUGCUGAAAAUGCAAAGGCAGAACAAAUGGUUGAAGAACGGGACACCCUGCCAGCAGUGAUGUUACCAGAGAGUAGGUUUGCAGAGCAAGCCCAAAGCCUCCCAGAAACUGUGUCAGGGAGCACUUCUUCAAACAGUGACAGUGACACAGAUGGCUUGAGAAAGGUCACAGAGUCCAGGGGCACAGCAGCCCAGCAGCCUGAGAGUGCAGAGGCUGAACACCAUGACUUGAGUGCAAGGACAAAUGAGAACCUGGAGCUGGGCUCUCUGCAAGGCCACCUGAUUUUUGAGACUCCUCAGGAAAUGUUCUGUGACUCAGGUACAGAGCAGGAGCUGGGAGAAGCUGCACCCAACCAGGAAGAACAAGAGGAUCUUGAAACCAGCCAUGCCCUGAGUGAUGAUGAAAUGGAUGAAGGGUCUGACAGUACAAGUGAGGGCAGUGAGUUGGUCUCUAACCAGGCAGGGCUACCUGAGGGAGCAGUGGCAGGCUUGCUUAGGGAAGAGGGAAAUGUGGAGAGUUCCACUCCAGAGGAACCCCAGCACUCAGAAGAAAGUGCUGAAAACAAGGUUGCAAAUGUCUUGGAGGAAAAGUUUGUUGACUGCACUGAUGGAAGAAGUGAUAAAACAGCAGGUGACAGAGCUGAAGAAGAAGAUGAGGUUGGGAACACAGUUCAGGGUCAGCUGAGGGAAACUGAGUCAGUGGGUUUGGAGGGGACGGAGCCAUGUGAAAGGGAUGUCCCAGCAGAGCCACUUGGAAAGGAAGGUGGAGAACAUCAGGCAUUGAUCCAACCAGAUUCUUCAGAGGACAGUGCUUCAGCAUCCCCAGAGGAACCAGGUACACAAGGUAAAACUGAAGAUGAAGCUGCUACAGCUGAGAAGGAUGGACAGAAGGAAGAGCUGAUGGAAGAGCUGGAGAAGUGUUCAGGUUCUGCUGGAAAAGGCGAGCAAGGCGUGGUGUCUGUGGAGGCAGGAGGCUCCAUUCCUGAGGGAAAGGGAGGUGAGCUGCAGCAGGCACAGCCAGGAACAGAGGUUGGGAGAGAGGUGAUCACUCAGGAAACCCAUUCAGACCCAAGUCUUUUAGAUGAUGAAAUUAAGGAGUCAGAAUUGGAAACAGGGGAUGAGGCUGGGGAAGGACAGGAAAGUAGGACAGAAUGGGUCGAAGAUCUAGAUCCAAAGGCAGAGGUUCAAACAAGUCAGGGUAGUGAAGAAACAGCAGAAGGUACAGAGGGAGAGAAAAAUGUUCCUUUAGAGGGUGAAAUGCAGGAGGUGGUUCAGCAAGUAGAAGGUCAAUCUGAAGAGGAGUCAGGUGUAGGUGUUAUUGUAACUACUGAAAACAAAGCCAGUGAAGAAACACUGAAAGAAAAUGAGCAAGAGGUAGAGCUUGCAGACCACCCUGGUGGGGAAUCUGCUUCUGAGGAAGGUGCAAAUAAUGCCCUGGAACAGAAACUUGUGCAGGAUAAAAAUAUUAGUGAACAAGUUAAAUUGGAAGAAGGUGCAAAUAAUUCCCUGCCACAGAAACCUGUGCAGGAUGAAGACAGUGGUGAACAAGUUAAAUUGGAGGAAGGUGCAAAUAAUUCCCUAGCACAGAAACCUGUGCAGGAUGAAGACAUUGGUGAACAAGUUAAAUUGGAGGAAGGUGCAAAUAAUUCCCUGCCACAGAAAGCUGUGCAGGAUGAAGAGAUUAAUGAACAGGUUAAAUUGGAGGAAGGUGCAAAUAAUUCCCUGGCACAGAAACUUGUGCAGGAUGAAAACAUUAAUGAACAGGUUAAAUCGGAAGAAGGGGCAAAUAAUUCCCUGGAAGAGAAACCUGUGCAGGAUGAAAACAUUGGUGAACAAGUUAAAUUGGAGGAAGAUGCAAAUAAUUCCCUGGAACAGAAACAUGUGCAGGAUGAAAAGAUUAGUGAACAAGUUAAACUGGAGGAAGGUGCAAAUAAUUCCCUGGAACAGAAAGCUGUGCAGGAUGAAGAGAUUAAUGAACAGGUUAAAUUGGAGGAAGGUGCAAAUAAUUCCCUGCCACAGAAAGCUGUGCAGGAUGAAAAGAUUAGUGAACAAGUGAAAUUGGAGGGAAGUGCAAAUAAUUCCCUGGAACAGAAACUUGUGCAGGAUGAAAACAUUAGUGAACAGGUUAAAUUGGAGGAAGGGGCAAAUAAUUCCCUGGAAGAGAAACCUGUGCAGGAUGAAAACAUUGGUGAACAAGUUAAAUUGGAGGAAGAUGCAAAUAAUUCCCUGGCACAGAAACUUGUGCAGGAUGAAAACAUUAAUGAACAGGUUAAAUCGGAGGAAGGGGCAAAUAAUUCCCUGGAAGAGAAACCUGUGCAGGAUGAAAACAUUGGUGAACAAGUUAAAUUGGAGGAAGAUGCAAAUAAUUCCCUGCCACAGAAAGCUGUGCAGGAUGAAAAGAUUAGUGAACAAGUUAAACUGGAGGAAGGUGCAAAUAAUUCCCUGCCACAGAAAGCUGUGCAGGAUGAAGAGAUUAAUGAACAGGUUAAAUUGGAGGAAGAUGCAAAUAAUUCCCUGGAACAGAAAGCUGUGCAGGAUGAAGAGAUUAAUGAACAGGUUAAAUUGGAGGAAGGUGCAAAUAAUUCCCUGCCACAGAAAGCUGUGCAGGAUGACAUUAGUGAACAAGUGAAAUUGGAGGACCAAGCAGAGGAAAGCCUGGAAGAUGAUGGUGAUGCAUUUGAUUUUGAUGAAGAGUCAAAUCAAAUACUAGAAUCUGAUGAAAAAUGUGAUGAAGAGAAAGGUGAUGCACAUGCAGAAGAGGGUCAUGGAGCAAAUGGUGCUGUUGGAAAAACUGCCCACACAGACAAAGCUGGAGAGGGAAGAGACAAAAUGGAAACCAAAGAUGCCUUGACCAAAGGUGAAGUCCUGCAGCAUAAGAAAGAUGAGCCUGAAGAAACAGGGUGCUUGCAAGGGCAAGCACUGGGGAAAGCUGAUGAGGAGGCAGAUGAAAUCAAAGUAUCAGAUUCUAGUAGAGUGGGAAAAUUCCAGGAUCGAGAUGUUUUGGAACAGGAUUUGGAAAGAGCUUUCAUUAAGAGGGCUGAAAGCAGGGAGGAUUUGCAGGUUGGUAAAAGGAGCAAGGGCAGAUCCAGAGAAGACUGUACAAUCUCCUGAGUUCAGAAUCUCAAACCUGCACGAGUUCCAUGCCCUGUGAGCAGUCCCAGGACACAAACAUGCACUUUGCACAAGACAUCAGACCUUGGAAUACUCUUAGAGCUUUGUCUUUGUAGGUAACUCAGCAUAAAGCACGGAUGUGGUAAUAAUGCAAGUUUUAAGUUAUUCACUGUUGUACCCACCACAAGAAAUUGUGAGUGGGUUUGGUUUUGCUGUGUCUCAGGCUGAAAGCUUAUCACCUGAUGAGGAAGCUUCACAACUUGACUAUUGAAACUAUUAUGCAAUUAAAGUACCUCUAGUGUGGAUAGCUGCUCCUGGGGAAUUUCUAUAGGAAUUUAUUUUUUUUUUAUUCUAGCCUAGUUGAUCAAUAUCUUGAAUGUACAUUAGGCCUUUGUGAACUUAUGCACAUUAUGCUUACUUGUACUUAGAUCUACAGCAAGUACAUGCACUCUUCAUGAAGGAACUCAGCAGAUCAGCCAUCACUGAUGGUGAAACUUCUUUCAGAAUGCUUAAAGCCUAUGAACCAAUCUCUUAUUUUUUUUUAAUAUGAAGAAAAAAGAUCUUCUCAUUCCACUUUGUGUGUAUUUCUUAUAUGGUCACAUUCCAAAAUAUAGUUAGAUCACUGUGAAUCUGCGUAGUCUGAGCACUUUGGAAGAGCAAUACACAGUUUGGAGAAAGUGCAAGAUGCAGGUCUUAGUUUGCUGAAAGGAAUAAAUAUCUACAUGUUUACUUCAUUUAGGCACUUUGCACCACAAUAGGCCUUUUACACCAUGUCUCACAUGGGGUUUUUAUUUUUUUCCAGAGAAAGUGUCAAUACACACUGUAAUGUGUGCUUAGGUUUGCUAUCAAGUACUGUCUAGAUAUGAAUAUAUAAAAUGUCUAUUUUUCCAAGAAGAUUUUUGUUUAAAAUUGCAUUUGCUUACUGCAUUAUAUUUUUUUUUGCAAACUCUGAUUCUGAAAGAAUGUUUUUUAUCUCUGAAACAAAUCUUAUCUCUUUCCUUCUGGAAAGAAGAUAACUUUGCAUGUCUUAACUCUUGCUGGAUAUCAGACCAAAGAUGACUGUUGUUUUGUGUACUAGCCCCCCUGUGCCUUUUGGAAAAGCUGGAUUGCUUUGAAUUGCUGGCAUAAAUUAGGCUCUUGGACUCCCUUGCUGUAUUUCCUCUUGCAUGUCUGCUAGUGCUUGGGAGGAAGAGCAUGUUUUGCAUAUAUAAAUAUUCAUUUAAAGUGUAAAGCAAUGAAUGUCCCAAGGGAAUGCAGAUCGAGGGGGGUGUGGGCUAUGGAAGGCUGUAUUUGUGUUGAUGUUACAAAGUUGUCAGAGCACAGACAGACUGCAAAAUUUGAAGAUGUAUAUCCAAAUGUACUGCUGUAUAUAAUUUAAAUAAACAUAUUUUAUACUUUAAA